AGUCGUAAAACCUUUUGGCGUCCGAACUAUCCAUUGCGAAGGUCAUGGAGGCUAUAGCUCGUCACACCGCUCGAAUUCAUCGAAUUAACAUACCAUUUUGCAAACAACCCACCUUUUUACUCAAGAUGAUGGAGAAAUUCCUGGCCCAGUUGACUGGUGUACGCGACCUUCCCGGCCGUCCUGCUCCUAAUAUAUCGAGAACAUCCCUGACGGAACCUCAAUUAGUAUACGACCGGCAUGUUACGGAAUCCAGUAAAAAGCGGUGGAUAAAUGUGGGCUUUCCGGAGACCCAGGAAAUGGCGUUACGAUCCAAGUUAUGUGAGGAAUUCGCCCGUUUGAACUCAGUACCAAAUUCGAUGGAAUUCUAUAUUCACGUCCCUCCACCGGUUUACUACUUGGAUGCCACGCAGGCGUUUGAUGCGCUCACUCCCAAAGAACAACAAUAUAUUUAUGCUUGCUAUCAGGCCUGCUGGAUCGGCGGUCUCAUUGAUCUCAUACAAACAUCGCCGGAGUCUGCUGCGAUUUUUCUUCUCGUGAAUCGCGUAUUUAGUGUCCAAUCACCCGAUGAAAUAGCAGAAGUUGCAAAAUCCAACGGCUUUUCAGAUGAUGAAAUAGAAGCCAUAUUCUCCUACUUUGCAACUGUUUGUGGGAACUUGGGAAAUUACUUGAGUUUUGGAGACACAAAAUUCGUCCCAUCUGUGUCGCGUGACCGUUUGGUACAAUUCUUAUCCUUGACUUCGGCGUUUGCCGACAAAGCUAGUGGUGUCGAGACGCUACUUGAGGAGGUGUCGUCCGCCAUGUAUUCCUUGGCACCUCGACGUCUCCGGCUGGGAUUUGGCCCGACAGACGGAAUAUCGACUUAUUAUUCAGGAGACUGCACUCGCACUGAGGCGGAGGCUGCACAAGCGUAUUUGAAGGCAAACAAGUUGGAAGCGUAUAACACCCGGGUUUUCAAGGACGCCACAAAUGAUGAGAACUCGCACGUACUUACUAUCCGUUUCGCUUCAUCUGAAGAGAAAACUAUCCUCCCCGAUUGCUCCGAUCACGUACCUAGUAACUGGAAACUACGUUUACAGUCUGGCGAUUUCUCUGAGCUUAUGUCGCUGCUUGUCACUGCUUCACGUGAAGCUCAGCUGCAUGCACUGAAUCCAAACGAAACCGAGAUGUGGGGGUUGUACGCUGAUAGUUUUUUAACCGGUUGUAUUGACAAACACAAAGACGGUUCGCGGGCAUGGGUACGGGAUAAGAACCCCGUAGUAGAGAAUUAUAUCGGAUUCAUUGAGACCUACCGCGAUCCCCUGGGUGUUCGCGCCGAAUUUGAAGGAUUUGUUGCCGUGGUGAAUAAAAUAAUGUCUGCGAAAUUUCAGCUACUAGUCGAACAUGCGGUGGAUAUAUUGAAGUGUCUUCCUUGGCCUGCGUCAUAUGAACGAGACCGGUUUACUCGACCUGACUUCACCAGUCUUGAUGUAGUCUCCUUCGCUUGUUCUGGGAUUCCUCUGGGCAUAAACAUUCCGAAUUACGAUGAAAUUAGAGAGGCAACAGGUUUCAAAAACGUUUCUCUGGGGAACGUUCUCUCUGCCAAAUUUAAAGAUCAGAAGGCCGAAUUUUUGUCAGAUACCGAUAAGCCUGUUUUCCUAGCCAAUGUGGAAUCGGCGUUCGAGAUUCAGGUUGGACUUCAUGAACUUCUCGGUCAUGGUUCUGGAAAGCUAUUCCGACGUAACGAGGAUGGAACUUACAACUUCGACGUGGAAAAUACGAAGGAUUUUAUAACUGGUGGACCAGUUCAGCAUUGGUAUGAACCGGGUGAGAACUGGGAUAACAAGUUUGCCAGUUUGUCCUCAGCCAUGGAAGAGUGUCGUGCCGAAUGUGUCGGACUGUAUCUGUGUGACUUGCCCAUCGUGCUGAAGCUGUUUGGGGUCGGUGAUGAAUGCCAGACUAACGAUCAAGUCUCCGACGUCGUGUAUAUCAACUGGCUUAGCAUGGUCAGACUCGGUAUCAUGGCUAUGGAGUUUUACACCCCACCGAAGAAUGAAGGUGAUGCUGGGGCGUGGAGACAAGCCCAUUGUCAUGCUCGGUACACAAUACUGCGUGUAUUGCUCGAAGCGGACGCGUCCAUGGUGCGUGUACAGGAGGUGGUGGGCGAUGACGGUGCUCCCGAUUUGCUAAUAACCCUGGAACGGGACAAACUGGCAACCAUCGCCAAGCCGGCUAUAGGGCAGUUUCUGGGGAAAUUACAGUACUACAGAAGCACAGGGAACGCAAAAGAUGGUUGUUCGUUUUUCCUUCGGCACUCGGAAUUCUUACCGGAACACUCGGCUAUACGGGACAUAGUCCUAGCGCGCAAACGACCUCGUGCUAUAUUCGUACAACCGAAUUUGCGCAAAGAUGCUACCGGUGAGAUACACCUGGUUCCCUAUGCCCCAACCUAUCGCGGGUUAUUACAGUCGUUCGUCGACCGCUACUCGGAACUGCCUCUAGGCAAGAAGGCUUUGAUUGCGUUGGAAUCUGUCUGGCGAAAGGACCAACCCUAUUUUAAAGAUAUUCCUCUAUAGGCAUUAGUGAUAUUACAAUCGUUUACUUUCCAACUUCAUGAGAAUUCCGAUUUUGUUAUGGAAUGCAUUAUGGAAUUUUUUAUACACACUUCCUUAAUGGAUCAUUAUCAGCGUUUUACUUUGUGCGAACCCAAAUUGCGAAAUGCCCCUGAGGCGUAACUUUGCUGAUGGUGCUUUUCACUUCAAAGCAGUGUUUGAUC